UUUCUUCUAACUAACAAGGACUUAUAACUUACUCAAUGGCUGCUCAAAACCAAGUCCACAUUACCAUUCCUAAAGACCAUAAUGGCAAGAAGCAAGUCCCCGAGGAUAAUUUUGACUACUCUCAAAGAGCACAGUGGGUUAGAGCUGCUGUUCUAGGAGUCAAUGAUGGAUUAGUCUCAAUUGCAUCCUUGAUGAUGGGUGUUGGAGCUGUCCAAAAAGACGUAAAGGCCAUGAUACUUAUUGGCUUUGCAGGUCUAUUUGCCGGUGCUUGUAGCAUGGCCAUAGGAGAGUUUGUCUCUGUGUAUUCUCAAUUAGACAUAGAGCGAGCUCAAAUGAAGAGAGACAGAGCAGCAGGAGGACAGAAUCAAGAACAUGAAGAAGGUAACAAGGAACAACUGCCAAAUCCAUUUCAGGCAGCUGUAGCCUCGGCUGUUGCAUUUUCAUUGGGUGCCAUUGUUCCAAUUAUUGCUGCUGCAUUUAUAGCAAACCAUAAGGUGAGGCUGGUUGUGAUUGUGGCUGCAGUGAGCUUGGCAUUGUUAGCAUUUGGAGUAAUUGGUGCUUUCUUGGGCAGAAGUCCUAUGGUGAAAUCUUGUGCCAGAGUUUUAAUUGGUGGAUGGAUGGCUAUGGCCAUUACCUUUGGCCUUACCAAGCUAAUUGGCUCUAGCACUGGCAUGGAGUUGUGA